UCUAAUAGCUUUCUUCUCUUCACUCUGCCACUCCUCACAACUCAUUUCAUAUUCCCUUCAUGGAUGGAAGACAUUUUACACGCAAACGUCUUUGCAUAGUGUGAACAGCAAUGCCAGCAAUCAACAUAGAUGACCUAAGUGAGAAGGAUAAAUUGAAAAUGGAAGUAGAACAACUCCGAAAAGAAGUCAAAUUGGAAAGGCAACCUGUGUCUAAGUGUUCUGAAGAAAUUAAAAAUUAUAUUGAAGAAAGAUUGGGAGAAGACCCUCUAGUGAAAGGCAUUCCUGAAGAGAAGAAUCCUUUUAAAGAGAAAGGAGGAUGUGUAAUUGCAUAGAAGAAUGCAGAUAAUUUUGAAACUGGGGAAAAUAACCUACCAUAGUAUAGCUAGUUAAUUUAAAGCUCAGGUAUCUUAUUGUACAAAUUAAGAGUUUUUUUUUUUUUAAAAAAUAAGAAAACAAAUGAUUGUUUUGUUAUUUCCUGAAAACAGUUUUUGCUUACCAUAUUAUUAAAUUUCUUUUAAGAGGC